AUGGGAAAUGGCAAGACUAACCAGAUGGGCCAGAUUAAUGGAACAGAGCUUUCUGGCCUGAAGAAGACUCAUACUGGGCAAGCUGCUGGAGCCAGGCAUGCAGAGCAGAUUGGAAUCAGUAAAAGCCAGAUCUAUCAUGCUAGAAGAUGGAACAGUAAUGCUCUCAGCCAGUACUAUCUGACUAACAUCUCCAGGAAGUUUGUAUGGGCCAUGGCUGGCUUUAACUUCUACACAUCUGGAAACUUCUAUCUGCCACAAGCCAGAGUGCCUGUAUCUGAGUUACUGGAGUGCACUGUCUGGCCCUGGAUUGACAACUGGAUGCAGUAG